AUGAUCGUGGUUGGUUUUGUUCCUUGCUGUUGCACUCUGAAUCCAGAUGACCCAAAUGUCUGUAGUCACUGGGAAAGCUAUACAGUAACUGUGCAGGAGUCAUAUGCUCACCCAUUUGAUCAGGUCUAUUAUAGCCGAUGCACUGACAUCCUCAGCUGGUUCAAAUGUACCAAACACAGGAUAAGUUAUAAGACAGCAUACCGGCGUGGUGUGAGGACAAUGUACAGGCGACGGUCCCAAUGUUGUCCUGGUUACUACGAGAACGGAGACCUGUGUGUGCCUCUGUGUACAGAGGAGUGUGCUCAUGGCCGCUGUGUGUCUCCUGACACAUGUCAGUGUGAGCCAGGCUGGGGAGGAGUGGAUUGUUCAAGAGGUUGUGAGAAUGACCACUGGGGUCCUCACUGCAGUAAUCGCUGCCAGUGUCAGCAUGGUGCCCUGUGCAAUCCCAUCACGGGUGCCUGCGUCUGCACUGACGGGUACCAGGGCUGGCGCUGUGAAGACCCCUGUCCAGCAGGUUACUAUGGGGCUGCCUGUCAGUUAUCAUGCCAAUGCCUUAACGGAGCCACAUGCCACCAUGAAAAUGGGGAGUGCCUGUGUGCACCAGGCUACACUGGAGCCCUCUGUGAAGAGCGCUGCCCACCUGGUAGUCAUGGUGAUCAGUGUGAGCUUCGUUGCUCGUGUCAGAAUGGAGGAAUAUGCCACCACGUCACUGGCGAGUGCAUUUGUCCUGCAGGCUGGAUGGGCUCAGUGUGUGUCCAGCCAUGCCAAGCUGGUACUUUUGGCACCAACUGUAGCCAGCGGUGCUUGUGUCAGAAUGGUGGACUUUGUGAUCACAUCAGUGGGCAAUGCCAGUGUGCAGCUGGAUACAGCGGAGAAAGGUGCCAGGAGGAGUGCCCAUCGGGUACAUUUGGUCCUCGGUGUACCCAACAUUGUAACUGCCAGAAUGGUGCCAAAUGUGACCACAUUAAUGGGGCAUGCCUUUGCGAUGAGGGAUUUAAAGGGCCCAUGUGUGAGGAGCGCUUCUGCCCAGCUGGUCUGUACGGGCUCACCUGUGAUAAAAACUGUCCCUGCAACAUUAACAACACAGUUAGUUGUCACCCUUUGUCAGGUGAAUGUACCUGUGCACCUGGGUGGAUGGGACUUUUCUGUAAUGAGACAUGUCCAGUUGGUUAUUAUGGGGAUGGAUGUAAUGAGAUGUGUCUGUGUGAAAACGGAGCUGACUGUGACAGCAUUACUGGGCAAUGUAUCUGUGCCCCAGGCUUUACUGGGCUUAACUGUUCUUUGAGUUGUCCAGAUGGUCAGUUUGGACUGAACUGCUCUUCCUCUUGUUCCUGCCUGAAUGAAAUUGCAUGCUCCCCUAUCGAUGGCACCUGCAUUUGCAAAGAGGGUUGGCAGGGUGUGGACUGCUCUAUGCCAUGCUACAGUGGUACUUGGGGUGUAGGCUGUAAUCAAAGCUGUUCAUGUGUUAAUGGAGCAGCUUGUGAUGCAGUAAAUGGCUCUUGUUCCUGCACUGCUGGAUGGACAGGAGAAAUUUGUGACACCCCCUGUCCUGACGGUUCUUACGGGCUAGACUGCAGUGAACACUGUGACUGUCUCCAUGCUGAUGGUUGUGAUCCUGUGAAUGGUUAUUGUCAUUGUCUCUCUGGAUGGACAGGUGUCCACUGUGAUAAUGUGUGUGUUGAAGGCAGAUGGGGCCCAAACUGUUCCAUGGUGUGCACUUGUGAGAAUGGAGGCUACUGUUCUCCGGAGGAUGGCACAUGCGUGUGUGCACCAGGAUUCCGGGGGACUUCUUGCAAACGCACCUGUUCCCCUGGUUUCUUUGGACACCACUGCAGUCAGUCAUGUCCGCAGUGUGUUCAUAGCAUUGGGCCAUGUCACCACGUCAGUGGUCACUGUGAGUGCUUGCCUGGAUUCUUUGGUUCCCUUUGUAACCAAGUGUGUCCAGCAGGGCACUAUGGUAAGGACUGUGCUGAAGAAUGUCUCUGCUCCAAUAACGGCACAUGUAACCCCAUUGAUGGCUCUUGCCAGUGUUUCCCAGGCUGGAUCGGAGAGGACUGUUCAAAGGUGUGCCCCCCUGGUUUUUGGGGACUUGACUGCAUACACACUUGUAACUGUCACAAUGGAGCCCAGUGCAGUGCUCAAGAUGGCGAGUGUCGGUGCAGCCCUGGAUGGAGCGGAAUUUUCUGUACACGCCGCUGCCCAACUGGAUUCUUUGGACAGGAUUGUGGACAGAUAUGUCGCUGUCAAAAUGGAGCUGACUGUGACCAUAUCAGUGGCCAGUGUAGUUGUCGAACUGGCUUUAUAGGGUCCAGCUGUGAAGAAAAAUGUCCUCCUGGUACCUUUGGUUAUGGUUGUCAGCAUCUGUGUGAGUGUAUGAAUAAUGCCACCUGUGACCAUGUGACUGGAACCUGUUACUGCAGCACAGGAUUUAAAGGCAUCCGCUGUGACCAGGCAGCGAUAGUAAUGGAGGAAUUGAAUCCCUACACUAAGAUCAGUCCUGCUCUGGUGUCUGAGAGGCAGUCGGCAGGUGUUAUUACUGGAACCAUCUUCCUGCUGCUGAGUGUGAUGGCAUUGUUAAGUGUGUUGGUGUGGUACAGACACAAACAGCAAGUGAAAGGCCAUGACAUCCCCAAUGUUUCAUACACACCUGCUCUGCACAUCUCUACUACAGACUACUCUUUGUCUGAGCACACUCCUAGUAGUCGUUCUAGCUACUGUUUCUCCAAUCCUGGAUACCACACACUUGGACAAUGUGAAAUCACCCCUCAUCAAGAGAAUCACUUUGACUCUCAGGUGAAGACAAGGAGAGCAGAGAGGAACAAUGUGGACCGGAGAUCAUAUUGCAAUCUAAGUGAACUUGGUCAGUUUUCAAAGCUGAAUCCAGAAAGACAGAAACUCACAAAGUUGUUCUCAGAUUAUAUGAAGGGGUCUCUGUCGAGCAGUUGUUCUUUGAACAGUGAAAGCCCUUAUGCCACCAUCUCUGAGCCGUCAGGACUGACCUGUAAACACUCAGAGAGCAGUUAUGUGGAGAUGAAGUCACCUGCCCACCAUCAGCUGCACUGCUGCUCUGCCAACAUUGCUGCUAACUCUGCCAACAGCAUAAACAUUUAUGAUGCGGAGCCCAGUGCCAGCAUCUUCCAGGCAAGCAGUGGACUGUUUGUCAAUUAUUACCAGAAUCCUUAUGACUUGCCACGAAACAGUCACAUCCCAGGGCACUACGACCUGCUGCCUGUUCGAACAAGUCCAGCCCAUAUUUCACCCCUCUCUGGGAGUCCCACCAGCUCACUGCUUUAG